AUGAGCGAUUCAUCUCGAUAUUAUGAAUCUUCAUUUAAGAAAUGUGUCAUCGAUUUUUAUCUUCGAAAUCAACCGAAUCUUAGUUUCCGAUCCGUUGCUAAUCAUUUCCGAAUUCCAGGUGAUCAUGCAACGGUGAAGCGGUGGUAUGAUCGAUAUAAUGGCAAUCUUUCAUCGUUACAACAUCAUCAUCGUUCAGAACGAGCACCAAUAUUAAAUAAGAAACAAAUUAAUAAAUUCAUUACCAUGGUUAUUCGUUCUCAUAAUCGUCUUUCAAGUUCUAUCAAUUAUACAAAACUCGUAAAAUCCGUUCGUGAGAAAACAAAUACUAAUCUUUCUCUCAGAACAAUUCAAAGAUAUGGAAACAAAAACGGCAUCAAGUGCAAGAAAAACAUCAAACGUUUUCAUAAAGAGUUGGGUAAACUGGCUUGUGAUGAAACAGCAACAUUACGUCUUAAGCUUCAACGAGUUUCCAAUAAAAAAAUUAUUUUUCUGGAUGAAACUCAUAUCAAAAUCAACGAAGUGGCACGAACAACUUUAGUAGCUUCAGGAGAAAUGCCAUAUGUUGUUGUUACUGAUUCAUCAUCAUACGCUGCUCAUUUCGACAUGAUAGCUGCCAUUGUUGGCGAUCAAGUGUUGCCACCAAUCGUAUAUUCACCACAAGAUAGAAAAACAAAAGAGGUCAAAGGAAUCAAUAGCCAAAUGUUAAUCGAUUUCAUUGAAGACAUGGGUGUGGGUGAGGGUGUGUAA